AUGGUUUUUGCUAUUUUGCGACCAGUGUUCGGUGCGGUAGCUGUUAGUUCAACAUCAACAUCGUGAAGCUCGAAUUGCAGUGGGGUGCGAUAAUUACAAAUUAAAUUUUGAUUCUGAUUUCACACGUGGUGUCCGGAGAAUGAAAAACUGUCAAGUUCAAGAUAAACAUCAAGCGUAUAAACCGACAAAUCCAACAAAAGAGACCGGAGAAAACAAUUCUGUUCAAUAUCUUAACUAUGGCGAGGAGGAUCAAAUGGAGAUUCAAGGAUUCAUCUACAGUAACCUGAAAUCCAAAUUGUGUAUAUUUUUUUAUAUACUGACGUUAGGUACUUUGAGAUUGUUUUUUCACUGGUAUCCACAUUUACAUAUAAAAUCAACGCACACCAGAAGUGACCUUAAAACUGCAGAUAAGGUUUUAGUUACGGAUAUUUAUAGAAAAUACAAAUCAUACUUUGUUAAGGAUAUUAAAACGAUCCAGGCCAGCUCUCUAAGCAGUACUGGUAAACAAAAUGAAGAUAAUAUCUUGGAAUGCAAUACAUGCGACGGCAAACAAAAAAGACUAUAUCAAGCCCGAAUUAUCAAAUGUAAGAAACUUUUGUAUAUAUGGGACGAUGAUACCAAGAGUUUUGUCAAGUUAGCUGGAUUUGACAAAGGUAUUACAAGAUCCAAAUUACAUUCUUUUAAAGGACAAACAGAGGACAAGCAAGUUACAAAGAGAAUUUUGUAUGGAAAUAACGAAAUAUCAGUCCCAGUGCAAACAGUAAUGACUUUGAUCCUUUUAGAAGCUCUCACGCCAUUUUAUAUGUUCCAAUUGUUCAGCUUGAUCGUAUGGUUGGCUGAAAGCUACUUCUAUUACACCAUUGCCAUAAUAAUAAUGUCAUUUGUUGGUAUUUCGACAUCAGUACUUCAAACGAGAAAGAAUCAAGAAAAUUUAAGAGGCACUGUAAAUUAUGUAGAUAGAGCUAUAGUGUGUAGAGGCGAUGAGAUUUAUGAAGAAGUACCAACGACAGAAUUGGUACCAGGAGAUUUAGUUAUUAUACCACCAGAAGGAUGUGAAAUGCAAUGUGAUGCAGUUUUAUUAACUGGAACUUGUGUUGUCAACGAGAGUAUGUUAACAGGAGAAUCUGUACCUAUAACUAAAACACCUUUACCAGAGGACAACUUUCGUUUUCAAUUAAAUGAAAACGUAAAUCAUACUCUCUUUUGUGGAACAAAGAUCAUUCAAACUAAGAGUAAAGAGAAUGAAAGAGUGUUCGCAGUAGUCAUCAGGACUGGCUAUUUGACGACCAAAGGAGAACUAGUAAGGAGUAUAUUAUAUCCACCACCAGCAGAUUUUAAAUUUGAAACGGACAGUUACAAAUUUAUAGGAAUCUUAUUUUUAAUUGCAAUAUUAGGUGUAAUAUACACAAUUGUAUCGAAGAGUACAAGACAAAUAAAAGCAGUGGAAAUCCUAAUAAAAGCCUUGGACAUAUUCACCAUAGCUGUCCCACCGGCACUGCCAGCGGCCAUGACUGUUGGAAAAUUGUAUGCAUUGAAUCGAUUAAAAAACAAACAAAUAUUCUGUAUAAAUUCGAGGGUUAUAAACGUAUCAGGAUCUGUUGAUUGUAUAUGUUUUGACAAGACUGGCACAUUAACAGAAGACGAACUGGAUAUGUGGGGAAUAGUACCUGUAAAUAGUAAUGGAGUUAAAACUUCUUUAAAGGAUGUUCAAGCACUACCCUCCACAUCUGAUCUUUUCAGAGGUAUGGCUACCUGCCACUCACUGUCGAUAAUCCAUGGCAUAUUAGGAGGAGAUCCUCUGGAUAUAAAGAUGUUCGAAUCAACAGGUUGGAUACUGUAUGAUUCCAUAGAUAGAACAAAACAUCACCAUAUUACUGUAAGGCCAAAUUUAGAUGUUGGUGUUGAUAAUAUUCCAGAGAUAAAUAUAGUUAAGCAAUUCCAAUUUUCUUCGCAUCUUCAACGUAUGAGUGUAAUAGUUCGCUGUUCCGAUACAGGCCAUUUUACAGCUUUCUGUAAAGGUUCCCCAGAAAUGAUUAUGGCCUUAUCCAAGCCUUCUUCGAUGCCAAGCAAUUUAAUAUCCAAAGUGCACGAAUACACUGUGCAAGGAUAUAGAGUGAUUGCUUUGAGCAAGAAAUGUUUAGACAGUACUAGAGAGGAAGAGGUGAUUAAGCUGCUAAGAGAAGACGUUGAAUGUGAUCUAGAGUUCUGUGGCUUGAUUAUUUUGGAAAAUAAGUUGAAACCUCAGACUGCGGGGAUUAUUAAUAUGUUAAAUGAAGCCAAUUUAAAAGUUGUUAUGAUAACUGGAGAUAAUUUACAAACUGGAGUUCAUAUAGCAAAAGAAUGUGGGAUGGUUAAACCGAAUCACAACAUUAUUGAAGUUUCUGCUGAAGAACCUACAGAAUGUAGUAUAGCAUCUAUUAGCUAUAAAAUUAUUAGUCAAGCUAUCAUGAUGGUUAAAUAUGAUAAUCACUUUGACAUCGAAAAAAAUCUAAGAAAAGAUUAUGUUUUCGCCGUAACAGGAAAAUCGUGGGCAAAUAUAGUAAAAUACUUUCCACAAUUGGUUCCCAAGAUAGUCACGAAAGGGGUCAUUUUUGCAAGAAUGUCUGGAAUGCAGAAACAGCAUCUCGUUGAGGAAUUUAAAAAUUUAGGAUAUUAUGUUGCUAUGUGCGGGGAUGGAGCGAACGACUGUGGAGCUCUCAAAGCUGCACAUGUUGGUAUAUCCCUAUCAGAAGCCGAAUCUAGCGUCGCAUCUCCUUUCACUUCGAAAAUACAGGACAUAUCCUGCGUGCCUCAAGUCAUCAAAGAAGGAAGAGCAGCUUUAAUAACAUCCUUCGGAAUUUUCAAAAUUAUGUUAUGCUAUAGCCUCAUAGAAUUCAGCACUGUAAUGAUCUUAUACAACAUAGAUGGCAACAUGACAUCUUUUCAAUUUCUCUUCAUAGACAUUUGCCUCAUUUUGAAUUUUGCGUCAUUCUUCGGAAUGACCAAAGCGCAUGAAACUUUGGACAAAGUUCCUCCAGCUAAUUCAUUAAUGGGAUUCAUACCAAUAUUAUCCAUGAGCUUCUACUUAAUAUUAAGUGUCUUCUUCCAAUUAGUGGGUUAUUAUUGGAUUCAAACAUACGACUGGUUUAAACCUUUUGUUUAUAAUCACAAAGAUGACACAUUCUUGAUAUCAUACGAAAACUUUGCUGUCUACCACGUUUCAGUAUUUCAAUACAUAACAAUGUGUAUAGUUUUCUCAAAAGGUAAACCCUACAGGAAACCUUUAUAUACAAACAUACCCUUCACUUUAUCGUUAAUAUUAACCACUGUAUUAUGUGUCUGGAUUGCAUUACAUCCUACAGAUUGGGUAAAUAAGAUCAUGGAACUCAUAGUAACACCUAUGGAAGGUAGGUAUGCUGUGAUUAUCAUAGCAGUAAUCAAUUUCCUUGUGUGUAUGAUCUUUGAGGAUAUAAUAGUAGACUACUUUGUAAGUAAAAUUAUAGCUCCUAGAUUUAGAAACAUCGAUAAGUCCAAUAAACAGUAUUUAAAGGUUGCAAAAGAUCUCAACUCAGAUAUAAAUUGGCCGAGCAUAAGUGAUAAAGAAACUGUGAUUUUAAAUGAUUUUUCCAGGGAUGGAAUUUUGAACGGGGUUGUAAAUAAUGGGUAUAUUGAUCAUGAAAAUAGUGUCAUUACAAAAUGUUAAAAUAUGAUCAAACAUGUAUACUAUGUAUAUUUGUCAAUUAGUACCUAUAUUUUAACUUUUUACUAGUUAUAAGCCUAUAGGGUAAUCCCAGUUUUUAGUACAUAAUCAUGAAGUAAUUUCUUCAUCUUCAUGAAGUAUCAGUUCCUUUGUGUAAGUUUAUAAUUUUUUUUGUAGAAUAUUAUUAAGAGCAUUUUUUUUCCUAAAUAACGCCUUAUGUAAAAACCAAUAUGUUUAUUUGAAAGACAUGUAUUUUAUACAUAUUUUGUAUAAUAGGUAAAUAAUGUAGAAAUGUGAAAUAUAGUGAUAUUUUUAAUUGUG